AUGGGCAAGUUAUCUUCAGAAGCAUUCUCUUUGUAUAACCUUGGAAGGACACCUGCCUAUCAACGAAUGUCAUCGAUUCUCCAGGAUUCUGUUCUGCUCUUCAGUUGCUACUCUGGGAUCUUGUCUCGUGUUCUAUCCAUUUAUGAUGGUCGGUUCAGCCCUUUCCGUGCUGCGGCACUGUCCCAGUGGAGGCGGUCGCCACUACUCUUCUCUGCGUUCAAGUAUUUUGCCAGUAUCUACAGAUCGGGUCUCGAUGCAAACUGUCAUCCUUCUGUCGUUGUGAACGAGGCACGGCUUGGGGUUCUGGGCGAACUGUCUUCCAGCCUCGUGGCUAUCAGCAGGUCCAUUCCCGCUCGAAAGACAGAAGUCCUCUUUGUUGUGUGCAUGUUUGGCCUCAGCAGUAGCUGGUACGAUUUGAAGGACCUCGGAUUGGAACACUACGAUGCUGCCUCUGCUCUUCUGUCCGAACUACAACAGGAGAACUCCAGGGUUGCGCCAAGGGCCACCCAAUUCUUCGCGGAAUUCCUGGUAUAUUGGUGGAUGAUGCUGUCCUUUGCUUGUGGUCCGGAGACACGCGAAAUUCAGAACCCACCGGCAAUUUGCCCUCACAACUCGCGCGAGCCACGAAUGCCUCAUCCUCUUACUGGUAUCUCGCCAGAGUCUCAAGUCCUCCUGGGAAAGGUUGGCCGUCUUGUCCUCUUGCAGCGCAGGAAAGUGCUUCACCUGCAAGUGACUGCGGCGGGGGCACUUCUUUCCACACUCCCUGAUGUUGAGAAGCUUCGAGAACUUGAACAUCAACUGAUGUCCUUGGAGUUUCCCAAACCCAACAUGGUCUUGGAUCCGCAAGACCCUUAUACUUCCGUCCGCGACCUGUUCAACAUCGCCCAAGCAUAUCAACUGUGCGGGCUUGUCCUACUCUACCGUACUUACCCCAACCUCCUAGAUUUCAAUCCAGCCAGGGACACUUCGCACGCCAUAAAAAUGCGGACCCCCCGGAGUCCUGGAACGAUCUCGGAGUAUCCAAUAUCAUUGGCAAUUCACGCUUUGCAGGUGUUGGAGCAGAACUCGAGAAGCUCCGGCACUCGGACCAUCGAAGCAAUACUGCUUAUGAUCAUAUCAGGGGAGCUUUCGCAGAGCACCGUUACUCCAUCCAAACGUGAGGGCGAGGCACGGUGUGACAUAUGCUUCCAAUUGCCUGCAAUCAUGCAGUCUCAUGAGUUCUCCAGCUUGCAUCGGCAAAUGACGAUAGUGGAAGCCAGGGCUCUGGUUAUCGCUCGGUUUGAACGAAUCCAACAUAUCCUACCCUUUGAUACAAUCCGGCAUAUGAAGUUGUUAGUCUUCGAGACCUGGAGACUCAUGGAUCAAGGAUCAGGUGUCUUUUGGGUGGACUUAUUGAUCAGAAACAACUGGCAAUUUGUGAUGAUCUGA